GAACGUGUGCGGGUUUAGAUUCUGCUCUAUCCAGUCUUGCUUAGGAGUCCUGCUGCUCGCUUACUUAUAAAGCUGCCAACAAGCCAAAGCGGUCACCUUGACCUCCGCCCCUAGAAACCAUGUUCGUCCUUCCGGUCACUUGUCUGCUGCUAUGUCUCGAGAUCGGCGCCUCCCUGGGGGCUGUUGUCCAGGUUCCUCUGACUGCCUCAGAGGCAACAGAGGUUGAUGUCAAACCCAAGAAGUUAAAGGGCCGAUUCCUGCACAUAACCGACAUACACCCCGAUCCACACUAUCGACCAAACACCGCCCAGAAGAAAGCUUGUCAUAGAAAGCGGAAUAAAAAGUCCAAGAACAACGCUGGCUAUUGGGGAACACCGUAUUCAGAUUGUGACGCUCCAACGCGUUUGACCAACUUUACGUUGGACUAUAUUGGCAAGAACUGGGGGAACGAGAUUGAUUUUGUCGUGUGGACUGGCGAUAAUGCAAGACACGACAACGACAGACAGAUUCCUAGAACUCCAGCAGAGAUCUACGACCUCAAUAGAGCAGUAGCGGCGAAAAUGGAGCGGGUCUUCUCUUCCCGUGGAAUCCCUCUGGUUCCUACUAUCGGGAACAACGAUGUAUGGCCUCAUAACAUCAUGGCUCCAGGACCGAACAGUAUUACCUACGAGUACUCCAAGAUUUGGGCCAAGCAUAUCCCAUUCCCAUAUUUGCAGGUUUUCCAGCGCGGGGGCUAUUUCGCUAAAGAGAUCGUGCCGGACGAGUUGGCUGUGAUCAGCCUUAACACCAUGUACUUUUACGACUCGAACAAGGCGGUUAAUGGCUGCCCCUAUCGGGACCGCAACGAUCCUGGAAACCUACAGCUAGACUGGCUGGAAGUGCAACUUAAGGAGUUCAUGCACAGGGGGCUACAGACCUACAUUAUCGGACACGUCCCGCCCUCUCCAGGCAACUACUUCCCGGAAUGUUAUGUGCGCUACGUCGAGCUCGCACUGCGCUUCCAGAACGUUAUCCUCGGACAUCUGUUUGGGCACAUGAACGUCGACCACUUCUUCUUCCUGGAGGAAAUAGACCUUCAAAUCCUCCCCGAAGAAGAGAAUAAAGUCAGGAUCACCGGGAACGAUGCAGCUCUCUACGAUACGCUCAUCACCGAGUUUGCGGAACUCCCAAAACCCAAGCCCUCCGAGAUGGACAACUACGCGGUCGUCAACGUCGCCCCAGCAGUGGUCCCCAACCCUUACCUGCCAAGCUUCCGGAUUUUCUCGUACAAUAUCACGGACCCUUCCUACAGCAUUACGAAGGGAAAGAAACGGGAGCAUGGCCAUAGACGAGGAAAGCGAGGUGACAAGUCGGUGCACUGCAAGGAACCAAAGUACAAGAAUACUUGGAGGUGUCAUUUGCAGGAGCCAUGGAACUCGGACACCAAGUCUCCGUCGAGGCUGAACCAGUACUGGACACCAUUGGGUUAUGCUCAGUACAACAUCCCUAACCUGGGCGAAGCGAACAAGACACAUCCGCCUCGUUUCGAACUGGAAUACGUCACGUUCGACCCUUCCCUACUCCACCCGUCGCCGGAGGACGACCUGGACAGCUUUGUCUACCCACUACCGCCCAGGAACCUUCCAGAAGAGCUCCAGGACCCCCAAGUCAACAAAUCGUCUACGUAUGCGCCAUACAAGAUGAAAGAUCUGACGAUCCCGUCUUGGGUGAAGCUGGGAAGGAAACUGGCGGACGAGAAUAACGGCAAGCUACGGAAGAAAUUUAGACGCUUCAUGUAUGCUGGGCGUAAGGGUUUCUAAGUAAUCCAUUGCGGAUGGACAUUUGCUUUUUAGCUGGAACUUUUGUGAUAGAGUCAAGGUUUGGCCCCUGUUGUUGACUAGCAUUGUGGUGAUAUCCUUACAGUAGUAGGCCCUCCGUAGCAUGCAUAAUCGUCGUUAUCCCGUGUAUUGUAUCUAUAUGUCAUGCUAUGU